UUUUCCUCCCAACGCUUGGAUCAAUCCAGGGUAAAGAAUAAUGGUUAAAGCAUGUUACUUAUUCUUUUACUCUUUUUCCCCCUCUCUUCUCAUCUCCGUUUCCUUAGUAUUUCAUUCACCCGCCCCAAUUAACCUGGACAGCAAGAGAUCGAUUUUGCGAUCUACCACCUAAGGGCUCCGUGCCCUCUAGUUCCACGUGCCAAAGGUCUGUGCCUUACAUUACAACUGAAAUUACAGGACCAUCACUUCGGAUUGCUCGGAGCUGAAUCGUCAUCGCUGUCCUGGUGUCAUUUCCUUCUUCUGAGACACCUUGGAAGUGAAGGAGGACUGGUCAACAAGGACAACUCUCGCGUUGGACAUCCAUUUCCCUCUUCCUCAAGUAGCCUCUCUACCUGAUCUUUUCACGCUUUCCGAAAACGUGGUAGAAGUUUCUUUCUACCCCCUAUCGGUGUUUCCACGACCUUGAUUGUUUCCGACUGGUGGUUUCCUUGCAAUGCCUCGUCGAUCCAUCAACUCCUCUUCCGCCAACGACCCCUCCAACGCGCAGUCCUUUCCAUCCAACUCUGGAAAAGGCGGUAUCGCCUUCAAGACAUCCUCGACCAAACCCAAUCUCCUGAGCCAAUUAUUUUCAACUUCCCCUAAGCCGAAGUCCGAGACCCAGCCUACGAACGCAGUUAUCAAAGGAGGAGCUAGUGGGAAUCCUCACUCCGCUUCGAUCAGCUCAGCUUCACUGUCGUUACCGACUAUUUCUCUCUCUACUGCUACCGCCGGUAACCCUAACAUGGACGAACCACCAACCACGCUAUUUCAGCCUCCGUCGCCUGAAGAGGCCCGUCGCCAGGCUAAGCAGCAUGCCCAGUUUGGCCCCAUCGGCCAUCCCAGCCACCGCUACUCCAGUCAACAUCCUGGCGGUGUAUUUCCCGAGCCGAUAAUGGACGAGCCCCCCUAUUAUUACCUUCUCACCACCUACAUUAGUUACUUAAUCCUAAUUGCAUUUGGACAUGUCCGUGACUUCUUUGGAAAACGCUUCCGUGAAGAGAACUACCGGCACUUGAAACCUCGGAAUGGAUAUGGUGCCCUGAACAGCGACUUCGAUAACUUUUAUGUUCGCCGCCUCAAGCUGCGCAUCAAUGACUGUUUUGAACGCCCCGUCACAGGCGUUCCGGGCAGAAACAUCACGCUGAUUGACCGUGCAACCGAUGACCACAACCACCACUUUUAUUUCACUGGAACUACCACCGAUACUCUGAACCUCAGUUCAUACAACUACCUUGGAUUUGCUCAGUCCGAAGGCCCAUGCGCGGACAUCGCCGAGGAGUCAAUCCGGAAAUAUGGCAUCACAGCUCCCAGUACCCGAGCGGAAGUUGGAACUCAAGACCUUCACACAGAAGUUGAGGAUCUCGUCGCCAAAUUUGUGGGCAAAGAAGCGUCAAUGGUUUUCUCAAUGGGAUUUGGCACUAACGCAAACAUUUUCCCUGCCUUGGUUAGCAAAGGCUGCCUUAUUAUAUCCGAUGAACUGAAUCACGCGUCGAUUCGCUUCGGUGCGCGUCUUUCCGGAGCUUCCAUCGGCAUGUUCAAACACAACGACAUGAAGGACUUGGAAGUCAAGCUCCGGGAGGCUAUCAGUCAAGGCCAGCCCCGUACUCAUCGACCCUGGAAAAAGAUCUUGGUUGUCGUGGAAGGUCUCUAUUCGAUGGAAGGGUCAAUGUGCAACCUUCCUGGCUUGGUCUCAUUGAAACGGCGCUACAAAUUCCAUCUGUUCGUUGACGAGGCGCAUUCUAUCGGUGCUAUUGGACCGAAAGGUCGAGGUGUUUGUGACUACUUCAGCAUCGAUACGAAUGAAGUGGAUAUACUUAUGGGAACUUUCACAAAGUCUUUCGGUGCUAAUGGAGGGUAUAUCGCUGCCGACAAGGUUAUGAUUGAACAACUUCGUGCAGCUAACUCUGGAGUAAUCUAUGGAGAAUCGCCGGCCCCGGCGAUCCUGGCCCAAAUCUCCUCCGCUCUUCGUAUCAUCAACGGUGAAAUCAUCCCAGGUCAAGGUGAAGAGCGGCUGCAGCGCCUGGCCUUCAACUCUCGGUAUCUCCGCCUGGGUCUGAAGCGUCUUGGCUUUAUAGUAUACGGCCAUGACGAUUCACCAAUUGUACCAAUAUUGCUCUUCAACCCUGCUAAGAUGCCUGCCUUCUCCCACGAGAUGUUGAGGCGGAAAAUUUCUGUUGUGGUCGUCGGUUAUCCUGCUACUCCCUUGGUAUCCUCCCGUGCCCGUUUCUGCGUCUCUGCUUCCCAUACCAAGGAAGAUCUCGACCGAGUGUUAACAGCUUGCGAUGAAAUUGGCAAUGUACUGCAGCUCAAAUUCUCGACUGGUGUUGCUGGCGGCGCCCUUCCAUCGAACGAGGACCUGACUUCUCCCCCAGAGAUUGAGAAGGAAUGGCAUCAUAAGCGGCACCCUGUUGUCCCUCCUCGGUGGCGUAUCGAAGAUGUUAUCAGGCGUGGUGUCCAAGACGUCAAAGGCCCGUUGUUUUAAUUCGUCACGAUCGCAUUGGGUACUGUUGCAUAAAUCUUAAGGGGCUAGCCUGCGAACUCGGUCGAUGCUGGUCAUGCCGCGUCGCAGGUUGACGGAUCCAUCAUUGCUUCACGCUUGCUAUGUAUCAUUAGGCAAUCGUUCCUGGGUUCUGUAUGCAUUCUUAUCACGACUUUCCCUCUGCAUUCGUCAUGGAAUGACCCUCAGGUCUCGAAAAACAAAGUCACGAAUCCCUGAUAAGACAUGAAUACGCUUUUUGAAACUUCGACAGCCGGCCAGCAACUUCUCACGUAUCUGUCCGCUUCUCUGUCAAUGUGACAGGUGUUGGCUGGAGCUUGUACCCCUUCUAACUUCAUCCCCCUUUCUUUCUUCUGGCCCCUUCCUUUCACUGUUACCUUAUAGACAUCCGCUGGCUAACGCCCCCCACCAAGUGCUGGAGGAGGGGACGAGACCAAGCUUGUUAUUGUUCAAAGGCACGGGGCCACACAAUUGUGACCUAAUGAGUAUGAUGAGUGGUGGGGGCGCAACAGAUCGCUUCGUUGGGCAUAUAUGAACGUCUAUACUUAGAUGAUUGUUAAUACAUUCUUAUUGAACCUAUUUGUUACUUCACAUAUAUAGCUAGGAAUUUAAUGUGAUGAUAUUAUGUGUUA